AUGGAGAGGAAAUUAAGGAAGAAGAAGUUUAGGAAGGAGAAGAAGUUGAGGAAGAAGAAGUUUUGGAUGGAGAAGAUGUUAUGGAUAAAGAAGAAAGUAUGGAUGGGGAAGAAGUUUGGGAUGGAGAAGAAUCUACUAAUUAAGGAAGGCGAAGAAGUUACGGAGGAUGGAGAAGAAGUUAGGGAAGGAGAAAAGGUUAAGAAUGAAGAACAAGUUAAGGAUGGAGAAAUAGUUUGUGAUGGGGAAGAAGUGAAGGAAGGAGAAGAGGUUAAGGAAGAAGAAGAAGAAGAAGAAGAAGAAGAAGAAGUUUUGGAUGGAGAAGAAGUUAAGGGUAAAGAAGAAAGUAUGGAUGGGGAAGAAGUUUGGGAUGGAAAGGAAGUUAAGGAGGGAGAAAUGAUCAUGGAUGGAGAAGAAGUUAAGGAAGGAGAAGAAAUUAGGGAUGAUGAGGAAGAAAGUAAGGAUGGAGAAGAAGAAGUUAUGGACGGAGAAGAUGUUAAGGAAGGAGAAGAAACUAAGGAAGGAGAAGAAGUUAGGGAUGGAGAAGAAGUUUGGGAUGGAGAAGAAGUUUGGGAUGGAGGAGAAGUUUGGAAUGGAGGAGAAGAAUCGAAGUAUGGAGAAGAAAUUAAGGAAGAAGAAGUUUAG